CGGAUUACAAUCAAAUGGGCUAACAUCAUGCACCAACGGACAAUUAUUAAAGAGGGCCCAUUUUUGUUCAUAACCAAAUCUCACCAUUUUCCAUCACCAUCAUUUUGCCAAACUGUUUAAAAACAAAGAAUCCAAAUCACUUCCUCAAACCCAAAAUUUCAGGAAACAAAUAUAUUUACCCAUUUCUUCAAAUAUUAAACCGUUAUUAUUUUCCCCUUUUAAAACGGUUUUCAUUCACCCCCAUAUAUUUGUAUUAUCAACCCAUGAUUUCUUUCAGGAAAAUAUUUCUGGGUAUUUCGUGAGAAAGUACGAAAAUGCCCCGCCCACCGGCGCCGGAAACAGAAUUCCGGCCGUUUAAAAGGUGGGCCGCAUGGGUUGUUCCGUCAUUUGUGGUGGUGAAUGUGGUAUUGUUUUUGAUAACAAUGUACGUGAAUGAUUGUCCUAAGUAUUCUCUCUCCUGUUUUGCUCGCUUUUUGGGGAGGUUUUCUUUUCAACCUCUUAAAGAAAAUCCUCUUCUUGGCCCUUCUGCUGCUGCGUUGGAGAAGAUGGGGGCUCUAGAAGUGAGCAAGGUGGUGGGGCGACACCAAGCUUGGCGGUUGAUUACUAGCAUAUGGCUCCAUGCUGGGGUAGUACAUAUUUUUGCCAAUAUGUUAAGCCUUGUUUUUAUAGGCAUACGACUUGAGCAAGAGUUCGGUUUUGUAAAGAUAGGCUUGCUGUAUUUAAUCUCUGGAUUUGGUGCAAACAUAUUGUCAUCUUUGUUUCUUCAAUCUACAAUCUCUGUUGGUGCUUCUGGUGCGUUAUUUGGUCUUCUAGGGGCCAUGCUCUCUGAACUGCUUACAAAUUGGACAAUCUAUGCCAACAAGGUGGCAGCUUUAUUAACCCUUAUAUUGAUCAUCAUAUUAAACCUGGCUGUGGGACUUCUCCCUCAUGUGGAUAACUUUGCUCAUGUUGGUGGUUUUAUUACCGGUUUUCUUCUUGGGUUUAUACUUUUGAUGCGCCCUCAGUUUGGUUGGGUUAGCCAAAAGCAUACUCGUCCAGGCUCUUGUGCUGCAUCUAGUAAACCUAAGCACAAGCCAUAUCAGUAUGUACUCUGGACUGGCGCUGCUGUGCUUCUAAUUGGCGGAAUGACGGGUGGACUUGUGAUGCUUUUCCGAGGAGUUAGUGGAAACGACUUUUGCUCAUGGUGCCAUUAUAUGAGCUGUUUUCCGACUGCUAAAUGGAGCUGCAAGCCGCAAGAGGUGCUUUGUGAGUCGACUGAGCUUGGAAGCCAGUUAAAUGUGACGUGCUUGAGCAAUGGACGAAGCCACAUAUAUCCAUCGACAGAUGCUAAUUCUUCCCGGGUUCGACAGCUUUGCUCUCAGCUUUGCAGUUGAACUUCUUCAUCUAGGCUCUAAUCAUAAGCAUUUGUCUAAGAUUGUUUGCCUUGGCAAGGAAAGGCUAUCUAUUGUACAUUGUACAUGGUACAUCAUUCACCUAAUCUGUAAAGGAAAUCGUGUUGUUACACUGGCUUUGCUAUCGUUUAGUCUUUAACCUUUCCAUCUUUCAA